AGGCUUCCCGUCUUACAAAACAUCGCUGGAUCCAUACGGGCAGACGACCAUACAAGUGCACUCAGAAAAGGUGCUUAAAAAGGUCCGUAUUCCUCCAUUGAUUCCUGACUCCGGCUGAUGGGCUGUAGCUACAGCCGCAAGGCGACCCUGGUCAAGCACCAGCGUGGGUCCCGCCACCAAGGGUUUAUCCGCUUCGCAUUAGAUGAUGAUCAGAUCUCGGAAUCGGAGAGUGAGGAGUCUCUGUCCGAAGCACAGCAUUCAGGACGAAUGAUACCACCAGAACACAUCCCACAGCAUUCGGUGACGCUUGAUCAGCGCCCGGUCCAGUCCUUCGCCGGCUUUGCUGCACCACACCAAGAUCCCUUUUGUGGUGGAAACACGCUCUCUAAAUCGGAUAUGAUACAACCAGAACACAUCCCACAACAUUCGGUGACGCUUGAUCAGCACCCGAUCCAGUCCUUCGCCGGCUUUGCAUCACCCCAAGAUCCCUUUUGUUGUGGAAACACGCUCUUUGAAUCGGAUAUGAUACAACUAGAACAUAUUCUACAACAUUUGGUGACGCUUGAUCAGCACCCGGUCCAGUCCUUCGCCGGCUUUGCACCACCCCAAGAUCCCUUUCGUUGUGGAAACACGCUCUCCUACGUUCCGGAGCAGGAUAAUUCCCAUGUAGCAACAUGGAACACAGAUAUUCCUUCGACACAGCGGCAAGAUCCCUUUCGUGGUGGAAACACGCUCUCCUACGUUCCAAAGUCCAGACAGGGCCUCCUUGUUUCUGGCCCCCCAACAACGCUGGCGGUACCACCAAACUCUGCUGCACCACCACCCUCGACGAUCGAUACCACUUCUGCUGCUAUCAUGAUGCACCCAGCAGUUUCCGAUAGCUUCGUGGUGGCCAAUUCGAUCCCGACCUCUCUGGCUGUCCCCGAAAACCAAAACCUCCUACCUUUGCAGCAGCAGCAGUGGACGGGAAACAUGUCGGAACUUUACUGCCCUGAGUAGGCAGUGCUGAUUUCGAGCGAGCGGGCUUAUCUGUCUUGGGUAGUUGAAUCGAGAUGAUUUUUCGCGCCAUCCUAGGCCACGGUAACCCGUGCUCUCCGUCCGACGUUCCUCCAUUCUUUGUUGGAUGUAUCUAUCUGAACGAUUGAUGGAUUGAUUGAUGGAUUUUACAAGGUCUCCUCCAUCAAUCAAUCCAUCAGAUAGAUACAUAGACUGACUGACUGACUCCCAUCAACAAUCGUUCAGAGUCCAGGUGCCACAGAUAGAUCCAUAGACAGACUGACUGACUUUAAUCAACCAAUCGUUCAGAUAGAUCCAUAGACAGAGUGACUGGCUCCAAUUAAUCGUUC